ACUAUGUGCGCCACGUGAUUACUGAAGUUUCCUUCGAAUGCCGUCGCUAUAUCAUAGGCGAUAAUUCGGAUUUAAAGUGUCAUGUGAAGAGUGUGUGUUUGGUAUAAUCAGUUGAUUUUCAUUCAAAUAUACCCCAGUGUUGAUGUUAAGAAAAACUAGAAAAAGUAACAUCUAAAAGGAAAACCAAAUAAAACUAGUGAUUUGGUCAUCGAAUUUAUGCCGUUCUGGAAGUAUACAAUCUGGAAAAGAUGAACCAGCUGUGCAAAGUGUGCGGCGAGCCGGCGGCUGGUUUUCAUUUUGGGGCAUUUACAUGUGAAGGCUGCAAGUCCUUUUUUGGUCGUACGUACAACAACAUUGCGGCGAUAGCAGGAUGUAAGCACAACGGAGAUUGCGUGAUUAACAAGAAGAACCGCACGGCCUGCAAGGCGUGCCGCCUGCGCAAGUGCCUCCUGGUUGGGAUGUCCAAGAGUGGCUCCCGCUACGGUCGGCGGUCUAACUGGUUCAAGAUCCACUGUUUGCUGCAGGAGCAGCAGACGACGUCGGGCCUCGGAGGAGGGAGCUCCUCCGGAAUCGGAUCAGGUGGCGGAGUGAGCAGUGGGAGUCUGGAGCAACUGGCGCGAUUGCAGCAGGCCAGUAACCAGGCGCGGCAAACCUAUCAGGACAAGACCAAUCCCUGCAUUAAGUCAGCCACGGCGACAUCACCCAGGAUCGAGAGUGCGGCGGUGGGCACAGGAAUCGGUGGCGUCGCCUCGCCGUCAAUUCUUCAAGCGGCCAAGUUCCACCACCAUCAUCACCACCAGCAACAGUUAAAGCUCGAGUCUCGCCUCAGCAACUCCCCGAGCGAUUCAGGAGCAUCAUCUGCGGGAGAUCCCAACGAAGAUGGUGCCGCCAGCGUCUUUAGUGGCCAAAUCGCAACACCAUCAUCCACCAACGCCACCAGCCUACCCAAGCUGGAUCUGCGGCAUCCGAACUUUCCUGCCACCUCAGAGCCGGAUGCGGAUAUGCAGCGGCAGCGUCACCAGGAGCUGCUUGAAAUGUUUCGCAGUCACUCGGAGCCACUGUACAGCUCCUUUGCCCCAUUUAGCCACCUGCCACCUGUGCUCCUCGCCGCCGGAGUUCCGCAGCUGCCCAUUUUCAAGGAUCAUUUUAAAGCUGAGCUGCUGUUUCCGACGACCAGCAGUCCGGAUAUCGAAGAGCCCAUCGAUCUGUCCUUUAGAUCACGAGCGGACCCUGCCAGUCCAAUGGCCCACAAUUCGAAUAGUCCCAGUUUAAGUGAGCCCGCUGCGGCCACCCACUGUUUGGGGGAGUCCCCAAACUUCGUCCGAAAGUCCACGCCUCUUGAUCUCACCCUGGUGAGGUCACAAACGUUGACAGGCUGAGAUCAUCUCGUUAUUGCCAGAGAA